AAAAGAAUGUAACUCCAGUUUGCACAACUGAUGGAGGUUAAUAAGUGAAAACCCUAAAUUAUAGUUUUAAAAAAAGUAUUAGUACGAGUGUUCUUUGUAUUGAUUUCUGUUAAUUGCCAGCUGGGUAUCUUUGUCCACCCAUCUUUUAAUUGAUCACAUUAUCAGUCAGUAUAUUCUCUAGUAAAGCUCGGUUGCAUUGUAAACAUAGUGUUGUGUAUGUGAUUGCACUGUGCACCUGACCUCACCUGCGUGUACUGUAAACACUGUUGGGCACAUGGGGGCCACAUGAAGCAGCAGACAAAUGAUCCCCAUUGAAUAAAUUCUCAUUCUGCAAGUUUAACUCAUCUGGUAGCAUUUGAUUUAUGUAACAUCCAGGAACAUGUGUAGCGGGGGAAGUAAUUAUUGAUACAAUUAUUUAUGGAAUUGUGAAGAAAAUAGUGGACCUCGGUCUCUCGUCGGCGUUACAAAUGUCGGGGGACACUGUCUCUUUAAAACGCCGAGGGAGGCGCGUAUGAACGUCAAGAAGUGGUGCGCUUCGACGGUGUGCGUCCACUCAUGAAUGGCAGACGCUGUUUCAGGUUGUGUGACAUUGUGGAAGUGCAGGACACUUCAGCACCCAAAGUGAGUUACGUUAAAGGUCUGGACUGGGGGACCGGCAGGUGAAAGGGGGGAGGGUCGCUGGAUGAGAUGCGCCCCGACUGCUGGUUUUACGCGGAGGAGAAAUCGGCGCACGGUUCUGUUCUCUACGCGGUUACCAAACACCUUGUGUCGUCUCAUGUCAGCUCUGUGCAUUUGCGUUGGCUUCAAACUUUCGCCCUGUGAGUGGAAUCCAGCCUGAUCAGCUGAGGAGAGGACUGACACUUAUUCGCACAUCAAGGGAGUCUUUUACUCAUCGACAGAUCCUGGAGCAACGUGUUCGACUUACAGUGCCCUUGAUUAAAGUAGGCGUGCUGUCCCUUUGUACCUGCACCGUCUGGACUUGUUACUUCAAAGUGCCAAACUCAAAUUUCACAGGUGACUCUUCCUGCGCAUGAUGUACACAAUUGCAAGAGGUCCCAGCAAACUGGUCACCCAGCGACGGACAGGGCAGACUCAGCAACUUGACAACCAAAUAAACGACUUCAAGCACAAACAGACGUCCUGGAGUAUCCCUGACCUUCCUGCACCCAAGAUAGUUUUCAGCCGUCCGAAUGGUAAGAAGUACCAUCACCCUGCUCCGGCUCUCCCUGCAGACCACCAGCAGGAAGAGAGCUUCACACCUGUGCAUGAGGAAAACGUCAAAUUUGUCUAUGACGCCUGGCAGGAGGUGGUGCAGCAGGGGCCAGAGGAGGUCCAGGGAGCAGUCCAGUACAAAGAAACCACUCCAAGCCUGCACAUGGACAAGUUCGUUCCUAUAGAUCUGGAUGAAUGGUGGGCAAAACGUUUCCUCGCCAACAUCGACAAGCUGUCCUGACAUUCAGCUGGAAUUUGUGAAUCUUGACAGACGGUCGGGAGUGGAGACCUGGAGCAGGCUCACAGUGGAGAGGAGGCCUGGGCCGGUGUGACGGGUUAAAAAAAAAGGCCCCGAUGUGGUUUAAAUGGACGGACAGCGCUGGGACGCUCGCAUAGAAACCACAGAAUCACCUCACUUGAACUCUCGCCUUUGAACUUGCCAAUCCCUCUCUAAAAAUAUUCUGCGUCAGACUGGAGGACGACGUGCGGUUCAGCUCGUCUUUCCGCCCUCACAAAAGAGAUGUCAUGUUCCUUUUGAAAUGCAGUAAAAUUGUAUUUUCAAGAA